CCAGCUGAAAUAACUAUUGAUUGUACAUCUCACGUUGUUGAUAUUACAUCCGAUACGAAGAGCAUUCCAAUUGAACGUGCAUUGCCUAAUUAUCAAUGUUUGCUUUUGGAUAGUUGGUUACAAUGUGUUGGCGCCUCACAAGAAGGUGAAUUAUACGUAGGAGGUGUAGGUGUUUUUGCUGGUUAUCUAGGACGUGACGAUUUGACAGCAAGAACACUUAUUAUGAUAGAUGGUGAAAUAUUCUAUCGAACAGGUGAUCUUGUUCGAAUGGAUAGCGCUGGGCUUCUUCAUUAUCGAGGAAGAAAAGAUUAUCAAAUCAAGCUACAUGGACAACGUAUUGAACUUGGAGAAAUCGAACGAUGUUUACUUAAUACAUCAAUUUCUGCUUGUGUUGUCAUCAAAUGGAAUGAUGAUCAUGUGGUUGCUUAUGUUCAAAGCUCUGAUGUUGAUGUAGAACAACUACGCCACCAUUGUCAAUGUCAUCUUCCACCUUAUAUGAUUCCAUCUAUAUUUAUCGUUUUGGAGAAACUACCUUUGAAUGCAAAUGGAAAAGCAGAUCGAAAACGUCUUCCAGCACCUCAAUUUUCGUCGUUGACGAAUAUCGAUCAAACUGAUGUAAUUCCAUUGACACCACUGGAAGAACAUCUACAACGCAUAUUCAGUGAGGCAUUUCACAAUGAAUCACCAAACGUAAAUAUGCUGUUUGGACAAUUGGGUGGUACAUCACUCGAUGUCAUACGAGCACUCAUGCUCAUUCAACAAGAAAUAUGUACAAAGGUUGAUGUUGGCCUCUUAUUGGCCAACCAAUCGAUUCGACAGCUUGCACGAGUCAUUGAACCAUUACUUGUCACAUAUGAUGAUUCUUCUGUUACAACUUCUGCUUUACAAUUGCUUCAAGAAAAUCAAGAUCGAUCAAUGCCAUAA